UCUCUAUGUAACUCUAAUCCUUCAAAUUGAUAGUGUUGUUGUGAUUAAAAUUGUUAUUAAAAGAUUUGACUGAUAUUACGUUAAGUUGUUAUUCUGUUGGCUAAAUAACUGUAAGCAUAAUAUUGAAUGACUCUCUAUAUUGAUGCAAAAAUUAUUGAUACUGACUAAUAAUUAUAAAUAGCAAGAAGUACCGGGUAUAAAUAUCUAUUCCCGAUUCUCGUUGAAGUGUUGGAAGUGACAUUGAAGUGUUGGAAGUGUGUGAACAAUAUUUAGGACUUUUUCUCGAAAGUGUCAGUUUGUUCAAGGAUUUGUCAAACGCCUUCUCCUGAGUAUUCUAAUUUGUGAAGCUUCAUCAGCGAUUGUGUGCACUGGUGAACAUAAACUCUUGUACAGACCACUUGCUCUUGUACAGACCAUGAAAAAAGCUGCCGCGUGUAGCACAUUUUCAAGCCCCUCGCUACAUCAUCUCGCCCGAACUUCUCCAGCAUCAAGUAUGGCACUGCGGAGCGGCAGUGCGCAGCUACCAUCCCAGUGAGCAGACACUGAAGAAGCAGCUGAAGUAGAAGAAGAACAAAACAAAGCAGACGACAUGAGAGAAGCGUUUACAGCCCGUGCUGUGGUGGCGAGAAGCCGUCGUCGCCGCUGGUAUGGCCCCCUCCAGGCCGUGGGGAUCCUCAUCCCCCUGCUUGGGGUUGUACUUGUAUGCCUCUUCCUUCAGGAUCCCUUGCCUUCAGAUCCCUUUGUCUACAAGCCAAGAAUAAGACGUUCGCUACUGCAGGAUUCUGUUCCCGUCAACGACACGGGCAAUGAAACUUCGGCUGAAGACCCUCUCUUCCCGCCAGACUUGUUCACCGAGGAUCAGCUCAAGAAGGGGGCGAUCAUACUGCACGUGCUGGGCAUGGUAUACAUGUUCGUCGCCCUGGCCAUGGUAUGUGAUGAGUUUUUCGUACCAGCUCUCGACGUCAUCAUCGAGAAACUUGGGAUAUCAGAAGAUGUGGCCGGGGCAACGUUCAUGGCCGCCGGCGGCUCCGCCCCUGAACUUUUUACUUCAGUCAUUGGCGUAUUUAUUAGUUUUAAUGACGUUGGUAUCGGUACGAUCGUGGGCUCUGCCGUAUUCAAUAUUCUUUUCGUUAUUGCCAUGUGCGUAUUGUUCUCUCGAACUGUUCUUGAGUUGACGUGGUGGCCGCUGUUUCGCGACGUGACCUUCUACAGUGUAGCGCUGCUCAUGCUCGUGUACUUCUUCACGGACAGCAAAAUCUACUGGUAUGAAGCUCUUGCUAUGUUCAUCAUCUACAUCCUGUACUGCAGCUUCAUGAAGAUAAACGCUCCAGUGGAACAUUUCGUCAAGAAACACCUGAAUAAAAAUAAGCACCAAGGAGCAGUCCAGGCUUUGCAUGGCACUGGCCCGCCGGGUGCUCCAGGGGCCAUGCCGGGCCCUGGGGCCUUGCCUGGCCCCGGUUUGCCUGGCCUGGCUAUAGCCACCGGAUCCAGCAUCCGGAGGCCAUCAACAGCAGCCCCAGUAAUCCACUCGGGCUCCAAGUUCCGGCACGGUCUCCUGCAGCUCAUGAUCCACACGAUAGACCCCCUCCACGAUGGUAAAGUGGACGAAAAAGCGACCCAGCUCCAUGCCAUCGCAUCUCUCAAGGUGCUGCUGGACGCCACUAAGCCUCAGAACGGACGCGUGCAGACAUACCAUCCAGAACCUGGUGAUGGUCGACCUGACGCACAGUCGCAGGGCACUGAGGUGACGCACAUCGAUUCCAUUGCGUCAUCCGACGUCGCGUCGUCAGCCCUGCACCACCCAAAUGGAGACCUGCAGUCUGAGAGCAACUCGCUCGCCAACAAUGUGAGUUACGCCGGGCCUGGUACCGGGCGCAAGCGUGUCGGGGCAGAGAACAACGGGCUACCCUCAUCAAAUAUUCCCCCGAUACCGGAGGAUGAAGGGCCUGAGUCACCACCCACCACCCCCAUCGCGCAAAUGGAGCAGGAAGUGGACGACGAGAACAAGCCCAUAGACUUGAGCUGGCCGGACACGUGUCGUAAGCGCCUCACGUAUCUCUUCGUGGCGCCCAUUAUCCUCCCGCUCUGGGUCACCAUGCCUGACACCAUUCCAAUGUCAUGA